AUCCCACCUAAUCCCCUUCAUCUCCCUUCAUUCUUCAUCCUCUUUUCUCCCUCUCCAUCCUCUCGUAGAGACACAGAGAAAAAAAAAUAUAUAAAUAUGAAGAUGGCUUGGAAUAAACUUAUGUUUGUAUUCAUUUUGGUGGCAGCCUCCCCUUUGAAUCCACAGGAAGCAGUUGGAGACUUGCUCUCCCCUCUGAGCCCUCUGCUCUCUCCUGUACUCAAUGGGUUAUGUGAUGCCGUGGAGUGUGGCAGGGGGGAGUGCCACGUGUCAUUAAGCCGAACCUUUGGGUUUGCUUGCCAAUGCAAUCCUGGUUGGAGCCAGUUCCACAUAGGGGAUCACUUCAGGUUCCUUCCUUGCGUCAUCCCCAAUUGCAGCAUCAACUACUCUUGCACCAACGUUUCAGUGUCACCUGCACCGGCAGCAUCCCCUACCAAUCUCUCCCUCUUCGAUCCUUGCAAGUGGGCUUACUGCGGUGGAGGCAAGUGCUCUCAGAUUUCAACCUAUGAGCACAAAUGUGUGUGCAAUGAAGGCUACAGCAAUAUCUUCAAUGCUUCUGCCUUCCCUUGUUAUAAAGACUGUUCUUUAGGUGCAGAUUGCACUAACCUUGGGAUCAAUUUAUUCAACUCAACUAGUAUGUCUCCUCGACCAAAUGCAUCUGAUGACCAAUUUUCUGCUGGAGAUUACUCUGCCCUGAAGAAUUCGAUAUGUUUGCUCACAUUGAUCAUUUCUCUUACCACAUACAGAUUGAUGUAAGACACAUACUGUGCAUAUUGAGGGUAAUCACCAUUAUUUAUUGUUAUGCAUCAGAUAUGCUUUUUAAUACUAGAUUUAGAUGUUAGAGUAAAGUCUCUUCUCACUUUGAUUUUCGGUCAAUUAGGCAGUUUGAUUGAUUGUAUCGGUAGAUAGAGAUAUUCCUAAGUAACACAUUAAUAUCUACAUUACAAUUGGUAUGUAUAUGUAACACAAAGUGGUAUGUAUACAUAACACAAAGGUAACUUCAUUUUGAGAUAAGAAGGUCAAAUUUCUAAUUAAAAAUUUAUGUGUGAUAGAUGAAUAGAACUAUACGAUAGGAAAAGCGUAUAUGCAAUUAAGGCGAAAAAUCAACUGUAUUUAGCAUUUCCUCCGGUACUUCUUAAUAAUGGAGAAGAU